UUUGUAUAACAGAGGAAAUUCGAGUCACUUGAAUCAAAACAAAGAUGGCUGGUGCUUAUGAGAAAAAUCCAGGAGACCAUAGGCGUAAGUGGGAUAAAGAGGAAUAUGAACGCCUUGCUCAGGAGAGAUUGGAAGAGGAGCAGAGAAAAUUGUUGGAAAAAGAAUUGAGAGAGCCCCCUCAGAAAAGGGAGCUUCUUAAACCUAGAGAGUACAAGGUUGAUUUAGAUUCAAAACUUGGAAGGUCACAGGUGAUAACAAAAACAACUCCAGCCUCACAACAAGGAGGGUACUACUGCAAUGUCUGUGAUUGUGUUGUUAAAGACUCGAUCAACUUCUUGGACCAUAUCAAUGGGAAAAAACAUCAGAGAAAUUUGGGAAUGUCCAUGAAAAUAGAAAGAUCAUCUUUAGAUCAAGUGAAGAAAAGGUUUGAAAUGAACAAAAAGAAAAUGGAAGAGAAGAAGAAAGAGUAUGACUUUGAGGAACGAUUAAAGGAAUUAAAAGAGGAGGAAGAGAAACAAAAAGCCUACAAGAAAGAGAGAAGGAAAGAUAGAAAAAGGAAAGCCGAGCCAGAUGAUUCUGAGGGUCCUUCUGAUAUGGCUGCAGUCAUGGGGUUUUCAGGAUUUGGAAGUUCAAAAAAAUGACAGAAGUUUAAUUUACACUUGACUAAAUUUUCUGUGCAACUGUUAACUACUUUUAGUUUGGUUCAGUCAUUGAAGAAAUUAUGGACAUACAAGAACACAAAAGUUGAAGAAUCUUUCCUGUAUGUGUUAAAUAUUUAAAGCCAUAACAUUUUCAUGAGAAACCAAGUUAUCAAGAUAUGUGCUCCUGUUCAAAACAAAUGGCUUAUUUUUCAUUGUGAAAAUAAAUUUUGUAAAGUCAAAAA